AUGAUGGAGCCCAUCGCAGUCAUCGGGCUGGCCUACCGUUUCCCUGGCGGUGCCGACUCGCCGGCCCGGCUGUGGGACGUGCUCACCAGCGGCCAGAACCUGUCCCGGGAGCCGGACCCGGACUCCCGCCUGAACUUGCGCAGGUUUCACUCCCCCGGCGACCCGGAUCGCCACGGGUCCACCGACGUCACCAGCUCCUACUUUCUAGACGAGGACCCGUCCCGCUUCGACGCGGGCUUCUUCGGCGUCAGCCCUCUCGAGGCCGAGGCCAUGGACCCCCAGCAGCGCCUGCUGCUCGAGACCGUCUACGAGGCCAGCGAGUCGGCGGGCUUGUCGCUGGCUUCGCUCAAGGGCUCGCGCUGUUCGGUUUUCGUCGGCGUCAUGACCUCGGAUUACCCCGAGAUCCAGCUCAAGGAUACCGAGGACCUGUCCAUGUACACGGCCUCUGGCGCGUCAAGGGCGAUAUUGGCGAAUCGCAUAUCCUACUUUUUCGACCUGCGAGGUUCGUCUGUCUGCCUGGAUACCGCCUGCUCGUCCUCACUCGUCGCGUUGCACCUGGCCGUCCAAGAUCUUCGCGGUGGCGGCGGCAAAGGCGGUGGCGGCGGCGGCGGCAUGUCAGAUAUUGCCGUGGUGGCCGGGUCCAAUCUCAUUUUCGGCCCCGACGUCUACAUAACCGAGUCGAAACUGCACAUGUUGUCCCCGACCGGGACCUCAAAGAUGUGGGACGAGGGCGCCGAUGGAUACGCCCGCGGCGAGGGGGUGGCCGCAUUAUUCCUCAAGCCCCUGAGCAAGGCCCUCCGGGAUGGCGAUCCGGUAGUCGGCCUGAUUCGCGGGACAGGCGUGAACUCCGACGGUCGCACACCCGGUAUCACGAUGCCGAGCGCGACGGCCCAAGCUAGGUUGAUACAGGAAACAUAUCGUGCGGCCGGGUUGGACCCGGACAAAGUGGAGGAUCGUUGCCAAUAUUUUGAGGCACACGGAACUGGGACAAAGGCCGGAGACCCAGUGGAAGCCAGGGGCAUCUUCCAAGGUUUCUUUGAGGAGGCAGACCCAAGAAGAAAAAGAGGAAGAAGGCAAGCGCGCCGACGGCAGGGGGACAACAAUGAACCAUCACCGCUCCUUGUGGGGUCCAUAAAAACUGUCAUCGGCCAUCUCGAAGGCUGCGCAGGUCUCGCUGGCGUCGUCAAGGUGCUACUGGCGAUGAAAAAGGGUGUGGUGCCGCCGAACCAGCACCUCGAGAAGCUGAACCCGGAAAUCGAGCCGCUGCGUGAUUUCCUCCGCGUUCCUACGGAGCCGGUACCCUGGCCGCAGCCGGCCCCGGGCCAGCGAAAGCGUGCCAGUGUCAACAGCUUUGGGUUCGGCGGCACCAACGCCCACGUCAUUGUCGAGUCGUACGAAGAUGACAAACCGACGCAGGGCUCAGAUGGACUAGUUGCCGAGGAGUCUCCACAAGAGCGCGGAGAAGAGCGCCUGACCGCUCCAAUCGUUCUCAGCGCAAGCAGCCGAACGUCGCUGCUCAGGCGCGUGGAGCAAAUAGCAGGUUACAUCCGAGAAAAUCCGCAGACCAGCUUGCGGGAUCUCGCCUGGACUUUGCAAACACGACGCAGCGAGCUUGGACUCCGGGUCGCGAUACCAGCCGCCACCAGGGAUGGGCUCCUUGAAGAGCUGGAUCACUUAGUCGAGGAAGCCAAGGGGUCCAAGCAACCUGCCAUCGGGACACCCGCGCGGCAGCUUGUCUCGCCAGCCGAGGGCGUGGGCAUACUAGGCAUCUUCACCGGCCAAGGGGCCCAGUGGCCGGGAAUGGGCCGCGAACUGCUGCUCCACAAUGGCGUCUUCAGGAGGGCAGUACGGCUCUGUCAGGAAGCGCUCGCCGGUCUGCCUGACGCACCACAGUGGUCGCUGGAGGAGGAACUCCUCAAGGACGGGAGGACCACCAAAAGCCGCGUAGCCGAGGCCGAGAUUGCGCAGCCAGCGACAACCGCUGUGGAGAUAGGUCUUGUCGACGUGCUGCAAUCUCAUGGGGUGCGCUUCACCGCAGUCGUCGGCCACUCCUCUGGCGAAAUAGCCGCACUCUACGCAGCCGGCAUCCUGACCAUGGGUGACGCCAUUCGGAUAGCCUACUACAGGGGCAAGUACGCGCACCUGGCUGGUAAGGGGUCAAUGCUGGCCGCCGGCUUGUCGUGGGAUGCGGCCCUCGAGCUCUGCAGGUCCGACCGGCGGUUCAAGGGCCGCGUGUGGCCGGCGGCCAAGAAUUCGCCCUCGAGCGUUACGCUCUCGGGCGACGUGGAAGCCAUCCAGGAGAUGAACCAGGAGCUCCAGCGACUCAAGGUCUUCUCGCGGCCGCUGCACACCGACAAGGCGUACCACUCGCCACACAUGCAGUCGUGUGCCGACGCGUACCUGGAAGCGAUGAAGAGAUGUCGCGUACGGCCCAAGCUGCCGUCCCGCUCGUGCGUGUGGGUGUCGAGCGUGGGCGGGACGGCUGAGAGCUACUGGGACGCGGCGCCCGAGGACCUGCAGGCUGCCCUGGCUGGUCAGUACUGGGUGGACAACAUGGUCAAGCCCGUGCUCUUUGCGGAUGCGGUGACUGCUGCUCUCACCAACGGCGGACCGUUCGAUGCCGCCAUCGAAGUUGGUCCGCAUGCGGCACUCAAAGGCCCAGUGUCGCAGACAGUUCAGCCGCUGCUGAACAAGGAGCUUCCCUACAGGGGCGCCAUGUCCCGUGGCGAGGACUGCGUUGAGGCUGUCUCUCAAGCGGUGGGCUUUCUGUGGACCAACUUCGGCUCCGCUGCCGUGCCCCGUUUCCCCGGAGCGGACAAGGAGUCUAGUGUCGGCGGCUUCAGCGACAAAACAGACAGAGACCGACAGUCCCCACCCCAAGUCCUCACCGACCUCCCAUCCUACCCUUGGGAUCACGACCGCUCAUUCUGGCGAGAGUCGCGCAUCUCGCGCAACAACCGGCUCCGCGGUCCAUCCAAGCCUGAUACGGCGCCGUCGCUCCUGGGACGCCGUUGCACAGACGACACAGACCAGGAGCCUCGGUGGCGCAACUUUCUCAGUCUCAAGGAGGUGCCCUGGCUACGAGGCCAUUCGUUCCAGGGACAGGCACUGUUCCCUGCCGCUGGCUACAUCGUCAUGGUACUCGAGGCGGCUCAAGCUCUUGCUCAGGGGUCUGGCCGCCUGGGAUCUGCUGCCACGUCGGCGUCUCUGGUCGAGAUCGAGAAUAUGAUCUUCGAGAGAACACUCAGCAUCGGCGAGUCCCGACCGGUUGAGCUGAUAACCUCGAUGACGCUCAACAACAGUAGCGGAGAUACGAAUGGUCCCAUAGCUGGGACAGUCUGCUUCCACAUAUGCUCAGACGCCAGCACUGGCGUCACCGAGAGGACUUGUUCCGGAAGCGUCAAAAUCCUUCUCAGCCAUGCCGACUCUGGGAUCGAUCAGGAGGUGCCACUGCCGCCUCGCGUUGUACCCAAGGCGGCCAAGACGCCAGUUGAUGUCGAGAAGCUGUACUCAACCAUCCGCGCAGGUGGCCUACAGUAUGACGGUCGGUUCAUGCGCAUGGACUCGAUGCACCGUGCAGCCGGUAUCUCGACAGCGACUGCAUCCUUUGACGCCGACGAGGCACGCUGGACGAAUAAGCUCCCGCCACCCUUCUUGAUAGACACGGGCUUCCAGGCACUUUUCGGUGCUCUGGCUGCGCCAACCACGGAUCGGCUGUGGACCCCAUACCUGGAUCAUGGCUUCGUGAAGCUCACGAUCGACUUGCGACAAAAGAUUGCCGCAAGAUCCUCCUCGCCUGGUGAGAAAAGCCAAGUCAAGAUGGUGACUGACGCACACAUCACGUUGGCCACGGCCACCAGGGUUGAGGGUGACCUCAGUAUCUACUUGCCCGCGUCGACGGGCAGAGGCGCCCCACUGUACACCCUUUGUCAGAUCGAGGGCAUGGCUCUUCAAGCGCUGCUCAAGCCCGACCCCUCCAACGACCGCCAUGUGUUCAGCGAGACGAUCUGGGAGCCGGAGAUCAUCGGCGGCGGCGACCUGAUGACCGCCGACUAUAGCCCGCCGCAGGAAGAUCUCGUCCUUCUAGCUGAGCGUGUGGCGUUUUAUAUGCUUCGUGUUAUCAUAGAACAGGGGGAGGCCGUCGGCCCCGAGAGCCUGAAACGCCACGAGAGGCUGUUCGUUGAGCACGCGCGUCGGCAGCUGCGGCAGGCCCGCGACGGCGAGCUCUACCCCUACGACGCUGCCUGGGCUGAGGACGACUGCGAUAUUAUCUAUGAGAUACUCGAUCGAUUCGCACCACAGCAAGUCGACUUUCGGCUGCUGCGGGCUGUGGGCGAAGAGGUCGGCGCCGUGUUCCGUGGCGAGCGGCAGAUGCUCAAAGUGCUCUUCGCUGAUGACAUGCUCGGCGAGUUUUACCGAGUCGGUCUCGGGCUCCGAAAUACGCAACGUCAGGUAGCGCGCUACAUGCGCUCGAUAACCCACCGGUUCCCAGGCGCCGACGUCCUCGAGCUUGGUGCGGGUACGGGGGCCACGACGGCUGCCAUCUCCGAGGCUGUGGGCAACGAUUGGUUCGGUUCCUACACUUUCACCGACGUGUCGGCUGGGUUCUUCCCCGAUGCUCGUGAGCGUUUCUCGGGCCCUCGCUUCCAGCACCACCUGGACAGAAUGGAUUUCCGUCGCCUUGAUAUUACACUCCCCCUUGAGGAGCAGGGGUUCGACGGGACUCGACUUUACGACGUUAUUGUCGCCGCUAAUGUGCUUCACAUCGCGCCAAACGUGGACACGGCGCUACGAAGGGUGCGGCAGCUCCUUCGCCCUGGGGGCUACCUUGUUGCUGUGGAGGCAACCUCGAAGCUCGCCCGGAUCCAAGUCAUUCUUGGUGGACUCGAGGGUUGGUGGCCGCCAGAGGAUACCAAAGAUGUGACCCCAAGGGAUGGGUGUGUUCUCCUGUCGUCAGAGGACUGGGACGCACGCCUGGUAGACACAGGCUUCUCGGGGCUUGAUGUCUUCCAUGGCGACCAGCCUGACGUGCGCCUCCACACGUGCACCUCCUUCGUCAGUCAGGCGCUGGGAGGAUCUGACGACGGCCGCAUGAGUUGCCUGCGAGAACCUUUGCGCCACGUACCCUUGCUGUCGACAACGGGCUCGCUGCUGGUGAUUGUCGGCGGCGCGACCAUUGCCACCUCGCGACUGGUGCGGAACCUCGACAGUCACCUCUCCUCGCUUGGGCCCUGCCACUUGGUGCACAUUCGGGACUUGAAGAGCCUGUCUGGCGCAUCAUCGGCCUCGCCAGUCCACUUUCCCGAUGGCGCCAGCGUUCUUUGCUUGGCACAUCUAGACCUGGCGGUAUCGCACAAGACUGGGUCCGGUGGCGUGAAUGCAACCUACCUCGGCGGAAUGCAGACGCUGCUUGCCCGGGCGGGACGCGUCCUCUUCGUUACGCAGGGGGCAUACUCGACGGACCCGAUGGGUGCUAUGCUGGUCGGGCUUCUGCGUUGUGCACGCUCGGAGCAACCUUCACUUGCGGUCCAGCUGCUGGACAUCGAGUCCGACGCCAGGCCGUUGAGCCAGGACACAGGAGUCCUUCUUGAGCACUUCCUGCGCUUCGUCUUUGCUGGCCAGCAGCAGCAGCCAGAUUCCGCUGGCGGCGACAUCCUCUGGUCAACAGAGACUGAGCUUCUCUUGCGUGGAGGCAAGCUGUUCCUGCCACGCAUUAGGCACGACGUGGAGCUCAAUGAACGCGCCAACGCUCAGCGGCGCCCGAUAUCGAAGCUGGUCUCCAAAGACACGCAAAUCGUCGAGGUGCGGGCUGCCUCGUCAGGUGAUGUCGGGGCACCCGCUAGUAUCGAAUUGACAGCAGCUCCACGACUAGCCCGGGACGUCCGCGAAGGAGAGGCAGAGGUCGAAGUAUCGCUGUCAACAUUGCGGCCAGUGGUGGGACUCGGGUCCGGCCAGCAGCCGAGAUAUCUCUGUGCAGGAACUGUCAGUGGCUAUGGCGAUGGAGGUGCGCAUCAGUCGGUGCUUGCCCUUGCCAAGACAAACGCGUCGCGGUUGCGCUUGUCCAAUCAGGCGCUGGUCGAUGCUGGCACAGGGGACACAACUCCUGAGGCUCUUGCCCUGGUUGCGGUCACAUUGGUCGCACAAGCCUGGGUGGCAUCUGUGGCACCAGGCCAGACCGUCUGGGUGCAUGGCGACUGCGAAUUUGGGGUCGAACCCGACGUUCUGAUAGACCUUCUCCAGCGUGAGGCCAGCAAAAGGAGUGUGCAGAUUGUCUGGACUGCACCCCUGGGGUCGGGCUCAAACCCCAAAUCCUCCAACAUCAACUCUCCCUCAAGUCCCAUUCGCCUGCACACCCAAGCCCCAGUUCGAGUUAUCAGAGACGCCCUCCCGAAAAAGGUCGCGGCACUUAUUGUCACACAGAGCGAACAUGGUAGCGAUUUCGCAAAGCGAAUGCAAGCCGCGCUGGGCCUCCGAGACGAGCUGUGCGGCGGCCUCUGGGCGCCUCCGGGCUCCUGGUGCGACGACAAGGAGGCGGCUCUUCGCCUGACCAACUCCCUGCAUGCAUCGAGGGCAGCAGUGGAGCAGGGAGCCGUGCACUUCACGACGAUCACGUCAACACUCGAAGAGCUUGCUUCUACCUCUGGUGGCAAUGUCGAGUCCGCUUGCAAAGCGCAGAUCCUGGACUGGACAUCAUCGGCGCCCAUCACCGCCAACAUCCAACCCAUCGAUGCAACGGAGCUCUUCCGCCCGGACAGGACCUAUCUGAUGAUCGGCCUGACCGGAGAUCUAGGCCUGUCCAUAUGCGCGUGGAUGAUCCGCCAGGGCGUCCGGCACCUGCUUCUCUCCAGCCGAACCCCCAACAUCGACGAGGACUGGCUGGCCGGCAUGACCAGGCUCGGAGCCAAGGUCGUCGUAAAGCCUAUGGAUGUGGGCUCCUGGGAGAGCGUGCGCCACACCUUGGACGACGCGUUGGCCUGUAUGCCGCCAGUGGCUGGCGUCUGCAACGGAGCUAUGGUGCUCUCGGACGACCUCUUUUCCCGCAUGAACGUAGCUACCGCUGUGGCCGCCAUGCAGCCCAAGGUCGACGGCUCCUUGAACCUCGACCGAUACUUCUCAACACCGGCUAUGCAGCAACUCGACUUCUUUAUGCUGUUUUCGUCGGUGGGAAGCAUCAUAGGCUUGCCCGGCCAGUCCAACUACCACAUGGCGAACCUCUUCAUGGCCACUCUGGCGGCAGACAGGCAGCGCAGGGGCCUUGUCGGGUCCGUCAUCGACGUCGGUGUUAUGUUAGAUAUCGGCUACAUCACGCGCCAGAGCAAGUUCGUCCAGCGCAACAUGCAGUCCAUGAACGUCCUGGGCACCUGGGAGGAGGAGGUCCACCAGCUCUUUGCUGAGGGCGUGUUCGCCGGCAUCCCCGGCAACACUCGCUCCUCCCCUGAGAUCAUCAUGGGUCUGAAGGUCAGCGAUAACCCAGCCGACCGCCCCUUCUGGGCCGCCGACCCUCGUCUGGCCUAUUUUGUCAAGGAUCGCACCAAGACCUUUGGUGAAACCGCCUCGGUCGACGGCCCCUCGUCGUCUCCAUCUGCCUUGGAGGAUUUGCGUACAACUCUCGCGUCCGAGGCCCCACUGGACGAAACGAGACUGUCCAGCCUCGUCAGAGCAGCCCUUUGCGCAAAACUGGAAAAGCUCUUGCAGUCAUCCGCAGGCUCCUUGGACAUGGGCAAUGCGUUGGUCGGCAUGGGUGUGGAUUCGCUACUCGCCAUGGAGGUACGCUCGUGGAUCCUCAAGACUAUUGGUGCGGAGGUACCCGUCCUUCAGAUCCUAGGAGGCAUCACUGGCGAUGAGAUCUGCCAGAAUGUGGUGGAUUCAGUGCUAUCCAAGCGCCCAGGCUCGUCUACAGUCGCCUCGGAACACACGCGUCACCCAACUCCUACGCCACCUACUCGUGCUGCUACAGACACGCCCUCUCUUGCUAGCGAGGAUCAUACUCCGAGCAGCCAGGAUUCCAGGUCACUCAUGUCGUCCCCAGGAGGUCCGAAUUUACCCGUGGGCCAAAGCGCAGAUCUGACACCUCUGACUCUCGAAUCUUCUCCCUUGGGCGACGAUAGUGUCGACGCAGACACAGUCCACAAGAGGCUCGACUCUCUAACUGUCCCCGAGCUUCAGCGCCGAUGUCCCAUGUCUCUUGCUCAGGAGCGGAUAUGGUUUCUGCAUGAAUAUCUCGAAGACCCCACGUCCUUCAACGAAACUGCUUGGUACGACGUCGAGGGACCACUAGACAUCGAUAGGCUGAAGAGUGCCUUUAACCAGUUGACUGCGCGGCACGAAAUACUUCGGACGCGCCUAUCUAAUGACCCUAUCACUGGACUUCCGGUGCAGACUGUCUGGUCGUCGUCGGCGUGCAAAUUUCAUCAUGUCGACGCAAGGCAGGGGCGCCCUGGUUCCGACCAUGAGGAGCAAGUGGUCGUUGAAUUUGAGGCUCUCAAGUCCCACACCUGGAAUCUCGAAGCUGGCGAGUGCUUUGGUCUGACUGUGGUGCGUCGUUCAUCCCGCAAACACACCAUCAUAGCAGCCGCACAUCACAUCGCCGUCGAUGGUCUGACGUGGGUGUUGCUCCUACGAGACCUGACCCACGCCUACAACCAGCCGGGCUCCCUAGCCCGCAUGCCUCCUCCACGCCCCUAUACCGACUUUGCUAUGCGUCAGCGCGGCCUGGUUCCCAGCGGCGCCUUGGCUCCAGAGCUACAAUUCUGGAAGCUCGAGCUGAAAGGUCUUCCCGAAGAUCCGCUACCGCUCUUUCCGGGCUUGGCUCGAGUGCCCAGACGUGAGGCGACCAACGUCCUCCGCAGCCUUCCCGUCCAACGCAGGCUCGACCGAGACGCCGUGCUGACGAUCAAGCGCGCAAGCAGUGCCCUUGCCGUAACUCCUUUUCACUUCCACCUUGCGGCACUCCGGGUCCUGGUUGGCCAUCUCUCGGGGGCUUCCGACCUCUGCAUUGGCACAUGCGAGUCCGGCACGCUCGGUGACGAUGCCUUCGCUGAAACAGUCGGUUUCUUCCUCAACAUGGUUCCCAUCCGACUCGCCUCGGGGGCGGACGACCAAGGCGAGACGUUUGGGUCUCUUUGCAAGCGCGCGUCUGCGCGAGCGAUCGCGGCAAUGACCCACUCACGAGCGCCGCUGGACGCUUUGCUCGAGGAGCUCCGCGUCGCCCGCUCGGCAUGCUGUAGUCCGCUUUUCCAGGUUAUUAUCAACUACCGUCUCGGGGCGCUAGCCUACCCACCCCUAGGGUCGUCGCAGCUCGACUAUGUCAAGUCACAUCAUUCUGCGAACCCUUACGACCUAGCCUUGACUGUCAUGGAUAUGCCGAACGGAGCCUGUCAGGUCGAGUUGGCGGCUCAGGAGGCACUUUACAGCAGCGACGCGGCUAGCCGUAUCCUCGACAUGUACUGCCGCCUGGUGGAUGAUGCGUCGCGGCGACCCGACAUUUCCACAUUAGAACUGGCGAUGGACUUCUGUGGCGUUCCACGUGCCAAAUCUGGCGCUGUCGGGGCUGUCAAAAACGACUUUAGCAAGAGGCCAAGGACCCCAGCAAAGCCCGCCGGCAAUGAAUGGGCCGAGAGCAUUAGUGGUCAAGUACAGGCAAUUGCCAGACUCUACCCCAACGACGUCGCCGUCAAGGAUGGCUGGGGGACAAUGACCUACUCAGACCUCAUACGAAAGUCCAGCACCAUCGCCUCCACUUUGGAGGAGCUCGGAAGGAAUGAUACUGGAGUUAGGCAUUGCUGCCUGCUGUUCCAGCCCUCAGCUGACUACAUCACGUCCCUGCUUGGCGUGCUUGACUGCUCGGCAGUCGCAGUUCCCCUGGAUACCAGACUACCCAAGGAAAGACUUCUCGCAAUGGUCAAGGACUGUCGGGCGGCCACCAUCAUCCAUCAUAGAGACACCGCCGACGUCGCAAGUUGGCUGAGCUCGAGUUUCGACAAUGUACCAAGAAUCGACGUCUCGCGCCUGCGAUUAUCGGAAUCCACGUCAACCACCUCCUUGAGACAGCCGGAAAUGACCGCCCCCAUGAUCAUGGUGUAUACAAGCGGCACGACUGGGACGCCAAAAGGCGCCGUUCUAACUCAGGCCAAUUACUGGUCCAUCAUCGAAGCCAUUGCCAGGCGGAUGAAAAUGUACGGGACCGACGCCGGAAACACGGAUAGCGGCGGUUACCGGCACACAAUUCUGCAGCAAACAUCUUUUGGUUUCGACCUAGCCAUGAUACCCAUAGUUGUCGGUCUCUGCACAGGUGCCCGGCUAGUUGUGGCCACGGCUGAACAGCGGCGCGACCCCGCCGCUCUCACGUCUCUGGCUUUGCAAGAGAGAGUGACGAUGCUCGCCGCCACCCCCACCGAGUUCGAGAUGUGGUUCCGCCACGGAUGGGAGGACCUGGUCCGCUGCAAUACGCUCCGCACCGCUUGCGUUGCUGGCGAGGCGUUCCCGCGCCGACUGGCUGCCGAGUUCCACCGACUGGAAGAAGCCAGGGGCGGGAAAAGACUUGCGUUGUUCAAUGUGUACGGGCCGACAGAGACAACGAUAGCCAGCAACAUCGGUCUGGUCGACUACUGGAACGUGCCCGAGGUUGGCCAAAAGGACAAGGCCCCCAGCGUGGGCGCCGACCACAUCAGCGUGGGCCCUCCACUCCAGGGCGUCGAGGUCUACAUUCUUGACGAGGAUGGCCAUCAGCUCCCGCCCGGCUCUGUCGGGGAGGUCUUCAUCGGCGGCGCUGGUGUUGGCUUGGGCUACCUGGGCCGCCCUGACCUUACCAAAGCCGCAUUUGUGUCGGACAUGUUCAUAUCUGGCGAGGGUAAGAAGACGCCCAUGAUGUACCGCACGGGCGACUCUGGUGUUGUGCGGCCAGACGGAUCGCUCGUCGUCCUGGGUCGCAUCGACGGCGGGUCCCAGGUCAAGAUCCGCGGCAUCCGCAUCGAGCUCGAAGACAUAUCCUCCACCAUCUUGAGGGCCGCGCGAGGGAGGAUCUCGCACGCCGUCGCAACCGUGCGCGGAGAGGAAAAAGCCAUUGUCGCAUUUGCCGUUCCCUCCGGGUCUGCUAAUCACGGCGGAGAGGUGGACGGCGCGUAUCUCGAGUCGCUUGCAGGUUCCCUACCUCUGCCCGAGUACAUGCGUCCUGCCGCCAUUCUGCAGAUCGACAAACUUCCGACGAAUCAGAAUGGCAAGCUGGACAGAGAGGCCCUGGCCCGGAUGCCAUUGCCGACACACAAGAACCAAGCUAUUCACAAGCCUCCAGUCACAAACUCUAUGGUACACGUCGACCCCCGAAAACAACCCCAAGCAGCGUCUUCUCUCUCUUCCUUGGAGCUGGAAAUCCUCGACGCAUGGCAGCAGGUUCUGCCAGACGCGUUCCGACGAUCCUCCGGGGAGGCCGGCCCAGAGUCGGACUUCUUCCGCAUGGGUGGAAACUCUAUGAGCCUCGUCUCCCUCCGCAACACCAUCAGACAGCGCUGGCGAGCAGAAGUGCCACUCGUGCGCCUGUACGAGGGCAGCACUCUUCGGGAUAUGGCUACUAUUCUCCACGACGUCAAGGAAUCGAGUGACGGCGACGGCGUGGACUGGGAGUCGGAAACUCGGUUCGACCCGACCGCGCACCAAGAGGUUCUCACAAGGACCGCUGCGAUGAACGGGCCCACGACAGGACUUAUCAACGAGCGCUCUAGAUGCAGCAAUGGCAAGACAAUCCUGAUCACAGGAGCCACCAUGCAACUGGGGGCGGAGCUGCUGAAGACUCUCCUGGCCCGCGACGAUGUGGCCACGGUGCACUGCGUCGCAGUCCCGCCAGAGGAGGCUCUACAACUCACCAAGGUCGACGACACUCGCCGCACUAUACAAGCGGCGAUGAAGAGCAGGAGACUCUUCAUACACGAGGGCUACCUUGACUCCGCCCAUCUCGGCUUGUCGGACGAGGAGAUACAGGUGCUGUUGAGGGAUGUCGACGCGAUUGUGCACGCCGGCGCACAGGGGUCCUGCCUGAACAACUACAACUCGAUCCGGGACCAAAAUGUAGGGUCUACAAAGUUCCUCGCAGCGCUCGGACUGGCGUGCCAAAAGGCGCCCAGCUUUCAUCUCCUGUCAAGCGCGAGGGUCAUUCUCUUCAGCGGCAAGGACGAGUACCCGGAGGAGUCGGUGUCGCAGUUUUACCCACCCAGAGGCGCCAGCAUUUGCGGCGGCGGCGGCGGCGGCGGCGGCGGCAGCAAGUCGAGGGAGGGGUUCACGGCGACCAAGUGGGCGAGCGAACGGUUCCUGGAGAACUGCGCCGCGGCGACGACGCAUCGCGAGGGGCGACGAUGCAUGGCCGCGGUCACGAUACACAGGACCGGAUAUCUGAUGUCGGACGCGGCCAGCGAGAUGGACGCGGUUAACAUGAUUCAUCGGUUCGCCGACAGGGUGGGGGCCGUGCCGGCCAUGGAUCGGUUCUCUGGGUUUUUGGACAUGUGCGAGGUCGAGUGGGCCGCGGCGAGGAUGGCGGAUUCCAUCGUCUCUCCAACUGCUGCUCUUUCAAGUGGGGCCGUCGCUGUCAGGUACACGCACCACACAAAGGGCGACGCGUUCCCGGUUGGGGGGUUUCACGCGCAUCUGGAGCGCAAGCUGGGUAGGUCGCUCGAUAGCCUAAGCAUGGAGGAGUGGGCGGAGCGGGCGGAGCGGGCCGGCAUGAGCCCGUUCCUGGCGAGCUUCCUGCGCGCCGUGUGCGAGAGCAGGGAUGAGGCGCGGUACCCGAAGCUGCUGCUGGGUAGUGGCGAGGGCAAGGCGGCUGGAAGAUGAUUAGGUAUGCUUGAAGGGCAAGGUGUGGAUGGGAGGAUGAAAGCUUGGAAAUAUGUAUGGGAGGAACCUGGUUAUAGACUAGAAGCUAGAGGGAUCAACGGACGCGCGUGCAUUUUCAAAGUCUUGGAAUGG